GUCACGACACAUUUCGUGUAAUGGAGUGUAAAGUUUUGUAACAUUUUUCUGUUUGUGAUUUAAUUUCAAUAAAUGAAACAAAAAUGAGUUUUUUGCGAAGAAUUAUUAAUCCAGCACUCGUUACCCGUGUAUUUAAACAGGAUAUUAUUCAUAGACCAAUACACUUUUGUGUUUAUCAACAUGUAAACAUAACCUCUAAACUAGUAGAAUUGUAUUCUAACAAUACGAAUUAUACAACAGUGCGUUGGAAAUCAAAAAAGAGACAAUACGAUUCAGACGACGAGGAAAUUGUACUAGAGGAUGAUUCGUCUCUCUCGAAAGAUUCAAAAGUAGUCAAAUUUUCUACCACUUCAAUGAGAACUGAUGUAGUAUUGAAAUCAGCACUUAGUAUAUCAAGAAAUAAAGUGGAACAAAUGUUUUAUGAAAGUAAAAUCAGAGUCAACGGAAAGAAAAUCUUAAAGAAAAGCGCUUCGGUAAGGCUGGGUGAUGAAGUAGAUGUCAUAAAGAUGGUGAGCCCUAAGAAUCCAGAUCACAUUUAUGUGUCCAGAGUAGAAAUCCUAGAUGUAGCAGCUAAAGAAGAGAGCAUUCAAGUUACAGCAAGGAGGUUCAAACACUUGCUCAUAGAGAACUAUGAAAAUGACCCUAUAAAAACUUCGGAAGAAGUUUAGUAAAAAUGAUUCCCUAUAUUUAUUAUUCCUGGGAUGUGUACAAUAAUAGUUAAACUUUCUGCAAUUUUCUAAUAUGCGACAAAGAGCAUUAGACCUGAUGAUGUCGAAAAAAAGGCAGACCUAGUAUCUUGUGUCAACAACUGUGGCACCUCGCUGACUACUAUAACGUUACACACAUAACAUAAACACAUUGACACAAAGGAAAUCUGUAUUUUUCUGAAGUCUGGUAAUGUGGUAACCCAUUUCACACAUACAAAAAGAAACCACUGACAUUUUGGUACAUUAAUGAUUUCUAAGUAACUUUAUGUUCGUCUUUUUUUUAACAUUCUUGAUUAGGCUAUGAUUUUGGUGUAGGUAGAAAAGAAUGUGACAAAAUAUAGCUCUUAA